CUCCUGCCUUGACCUCCUAGAGUGCUAGGAUUACAGGGGGGAGCCACCACGCCCAGCCUAAUGUUCAAUGAUUAUUGAGCCACUACUAUGUGCCAGGCUUUUAUUAAGCCUUUUAGUAUUCACUAUCGCUUCUUUCUUCUUUUUCCUUUUUCCUGGCUUACGAUUUAUUUCUCACCACUCUGGAGGCUGGAGAAGUCUGAGGUCAGGGUGCCAGCUUAGUGUGUUCUUGGUGAAGCCUCUCUUCCUGGUUUACGCUGGCUGUCUUUUCCUGUGUCCUCACGUGGCGGACAGAGCUCACCGUCUCUCCUAAGAGGUCCCACAGCUCAGUGAUGGGGGAAGACUUAGGGAGCCGGCCUGCCUGCAUCAAAUCCCAACUCACUUGCUUCUUAGCUAUGUGAGUCAGUUAACACCUCUGUGACUCAGUUUCCCCAUCUACAAAGUGGGGAGGGACAGUAAGAAUACCAAUCUCAAGGGUUAUUGUAAGGAUUAAAUAAAUGACUCCUUGUAAAGUGCUCAGAACAGUGCCUGGCAUGGAGCAAGAGCCCUGUGAGUGUUAGGUGCUGUCAUUAGGGACUAUUAUCCCCUUUUCUAGCGGAGGAAUUUGAGGUUUGGAGAAAUGAGGUCACUUGCCCACAGUCACAGCAAGGCAACACAGGAAUCCAAACCAGAUCUGCUUGACUCUCAGCUCACUCUGAACCAGCGGGCUGUGCCAGCACCGGCUCUGCCGAGGCCGAGCUAGGCAGGUUCCACGCCUUGUCUGGUUCUGUUUAACCACCCGCCCCAUUCGAUGUCUCUGCCCAGGUCUAGAACAGUCUUUGAAUCUGUGCUGGCCAGCCUCUGAUUCUUGUGGCUGAGGGAACUGAAGUCCAGAGAAGGGCAGCAACUUGCCCAAGGCCACACAGUAAGUGAGCACAAGCAGAGCUGACCCACUGACACCCAGUCACCACCAGAGACGCCUCUGGCAGGUGGGAAGGGAGACUGGCUGGGAGUUUGGCCUGGCCUAGCCUAGAGGGGAGAGUCCAUGACCUCUGGGUAAAUAGCUGGUGGAUAAGAGGACAGCAGCAGCAAGGUCAUGGCACAGCUCUCUCAGCAUUUAUUGAUGGGCAGCUGAGGCCCUCCUGGGGGUGGGGAAGGCUCGUGACAGCCAGCGUACACCAGGGACACAGGACCUGGCAAUGGAGCAGGGCCCAGACUUGGCAUCCAGGGCUGGGUGAAAGGAGAGGAGCUGGAGCCCUCUCUCCCUGCAGGGCAUCAGGCAUGGGGAGAAGAAGGGAGGAAGCUGGGGACAGUGUGUGCCACAGAACCAGGCCCAGGAGUGGGAUGCCAGUGGGGGCCCGGCUGAGUCUGAGUUUGGGGCCUGCCUCUCCUGGGACCCUCCCAGGCCCCUCCGACCAGACAGCACGCCCACGGACGCCAUGCGGGGGGCUCUGUCGCCCCUGUCUUGGCUGCUGCUGCUGCUGCUGCUGGGGUGUGGGCCGCGUGCGUCCUCUGGCGGCGGGGCAGCGGGCUACGCCCCGGUGAAGUACAUGCAGCCCAUGCAGAAAGGACCUGUGGGGCCGCCCUUCCGCGAGGGCAAGGGCCAGUACCUGGAAAUGCCUCUACCGUUGCUGCCGAUGGACCUGAAAGGAGAGCCUGGCCCCCCAGGGAAGCCCGGGCCUCGGGGCCCCCCUGGCCCUCCUGGCUUCCCAGGAAAACCUGGCACUGGGAAGCCAGGGCUCCAUGGGCUGCCUGGCCCUGCUGGCCCCCCUGGCUUCUCCCGGAUGGGCAAGGCUGGUCCCCCAGGGCUCCCAGGCAAGGUCGGACCACCAGGGCAGCCCGGGCUUCGGGGGGAGCCAGGAAUACGAGGGGAUCAGGGCCUCCGGGGGCCCCCAGGGCCUCCUGGCCUCCCUGGCCCUUCAGGCAUUACUGUCCCUGGAAAACCAGGUGCUCAAGGGGUGCCUGGGCCCCCAGGAUUCCAGGGGGAGCCAGGGCCCCAGGGGGAGCCUGGGCCGCCAGGCGAUCGAGGCCUCAAGGGGGAUAAUGGAGUGGGCCAGCCAGGGCUGCCUGGGCCACCAGGACAGGGGGGUGCCCCGGGACCCCCUGGCCUCCCUGGCCCAGCUGGCUUAGGCAAACCUGGUUUGGAUGGACUUCCUGGGGCCCCUGGAGACAAGGGUGAGUCUGGGCCUCCUGGGGUUCCGGGUCCCAGUGGGGAGCCAGGAGCUGUGGGCCCCAAAGGACCCCCUGGGGUAGAUGGUGUGGGGGUACCAGGGGCAGCAGGGGUGCCAGGGCCACAGGGCCCAGCAGGGGCCAAAGGGGAGCCAGGGACCCGGGGUCCCCCUGGCCUGAUAGGCCCCACUGGCUAUGGGAUGCCAGGACUGCCAGGCCCCAAGGGGGACAGGGGCCCAGCUGGGGUCCCAGGGCUCUUGGGGGACAGGGGUGAGCCAGGUGAGGAUGGGGAGCCAGGGGAGCAGGGCCCACAGGGCCUUGGUGGCCCCCCUGGGCUUCCUGGGUCUGCAGGGCUCCCUGGCAGACGUGGGCCCCCUGGGCCUAAGGGGGAGGCAGGGCCUGAAGGCCCUGCAGGAGUGCCUGGCAUUCGGGGUGACCAGGGGCCUAGUGGCCUGGCUGGGAAACCUGGGCUCCCAGGUGAGAGGGGACUUCCUGGGGCCCAUGGGCCCCCUGGACCGACUGGGCCCAAAGGGGAGCCAGGUUUCACAGGCCGCCCUGGAGGACCAGGGGUGGCAGGGGCCCUGGGGCAGAAGGGUGACCUGGGACUCCCUGGGCAGCCUGGCCUGAGGGGUCCCUCGGGAAUCCCAGGACUCCAGGGUCCCGCUGGCCCUAUUGGGCCCCAGGGUCUGCCAGGCCUGAAGGGUGAACCAGGCCUGCCAGGGCCUCCUGGGGAGGGGAAAGUGGGGGAACCCGGCACGGCUGGGCCCACAGGGCCCCCUGGGGUCCCGGGCUCCCCAGGACUCACAGGCCCUCCUGGGCCUCCCGGCCCUCCUGGGCCCCCUGGUGCCCCUGGGGCCCUGGAUGAGACUGGCAUCGCAGGCCUGCACCUGCCCAACGGUGGCGUGGAGGGCGCCGUGCUGGGCAAGGGUGGCAAGCCGCAGUUCGGGCUGGGCGAGCUGUCAGCGCACGCCACCCCGGCCUUCACUGCCGUGCUCACCUCGCCCUUCCCCGCCUCGGGCAUGCCUGUGAAAUUUGACCGGACUCUCUACAACGGCCACAGCGGCUACAACCCAGCCACCGGCAUCUUCACCUGCCCCGUGGGUGGUGUCUACUACUUCGCUUACCAUGUGCACGUCAAGGGCACCAACGUGUGGGUGGCCCUGUACAAGAACAACGUGCCAGCCACCUACACCUACGACGAGUACAAGAAGGGCUACCUGGACCAGGCGUCUGGCGGGGCCGUGCUCCAGCUGCGGCCCAACGACCAGGUCUGGGUGCAGAUGCCCUCGGACCAGGCCAACGGCCUCUACUCCACCGAGUACAUCCACUCCUCCUUUUCGGGAUUCUUGCUCUGCCCCACAUAACCCUCGGGGGCCCCGUUGCCCUGGCCUCCUCUUUAGUGGUAGAGUGACCUUUUCAGUUCCAAAGAAUCUCCAUUUAAAGAAAAAACCCAGGCUGAACAGAGGCGGCCGCAGCCUUGGCCCGAGGAGACUGACUUGCUUUCUCCCUACGUGCAGGCUGAGACUGUCGCCAGAAGGGGCUGGCCUGAGUUCCCACCCCCCAAAUGUCGGUGCAGGGUCGGGACUGCACCCCAUCCCUGCCCUGCCUGGUCUGCAGGCUGUGCCCCGGGAUGCGCAGCCCAGGCCUGUGUGUCCUCGACUCUGCUGGGCCUCGAAGGGGCUGAGAGGGGCUGAGCUCUGCCACCAUCCACCUGGGGGGCAGCCCCUCCUGCUGGCCCCCGAAUGGCACCUGCUCAAGGAAGGGGGUAUGGCCUCCCUCAGUCCUUGGCUGGGGCUCUUCCAGCUCCCCCAGGGCCUCCAGCAUAUGACAGUGGGGUUCCCUGGAGUUUUUGUUUCCCCCAGGGGAAAGGAGGGGGGCAUCGAGGUGGCCAGGGUGGACACCCUGCGAGGACUGCAACCCCAGUGGUGAUGCUGUGGCAUCAGGCCUGUCCGUGGUCCUCUCUGCAGCCUCCUGGGAAGGGUCAUCCCCCUUUCACCGGUUUAGCCGCAGCCAUGGGAGGCAGUUUGUGAGGGGUAGGGGUGAGGAUCUGGGGCAGCCGCAGCUCCUCACACCCACCCUGUCUCCAGGGCUGCCCCUCUGUCUCUGUUUAGCAUGAAGGCAGCCACACAGGCCCCGAGGGACGGCCACAGGCCAGAAAGACCAAACUGCAAAGUGUCUUGAAGUGUCUAGUGCAGAUGGUGGCAGGAGGCAGGGUUGACAAUCAGUAAACAUGGGUGUGCCUCCCCUUCUCUCCUGCCACCUGUGGAGAGGUGGGCUGAUUUUCUCAUACAGAAUUAUAAGGGGAUCCUUGUCACCCUCAACCCAGGUAUCCCCAAAGCAGAGAGCCUCUUGUUUGGCCCUCUGAACACGGUGCACGCAAGCUCGGGACGGAGAAGGCUCCCGCUUGCUUUUCCUUAGUAAGAACCACAUGGUGGGUGGGGGCGUACACUGGAGGGGUUAAUCUGUGGGGGCUUCCUCUCUUUCCACCCUCUGGUUCCAAUUUCCUGUUCUCAGCAAGAUUAGGGCCCGGGAGGCCAAGGCUCUGAGAGAAAGGGCGCCAGCAGGCCCCUCUGGAAUGAGUUGGCUCGGACAUUUCUGCCAUUCCCCCCAUCAGAGCUCCUCUGCAGGAAACAGGCAGGGCCCCCUCCCAAGCCCUCAGCCCUUCGUUCACAAUGAGCAGGUAAAGCUGAGAGGAUCAGUUUGGGGACGGUGGACAUUCUUGUGCCGUGGCAGGAGGCCUCGCUUUCAGCCCUCACCAGGCUAGACCACCUCUCUAUACCAAGUGUGAGCCUGGGUCCUUCAGGACAUGGCCUGCCCACACUGCUGGACUGUCCAUGCGGAAACAGAGGAUGACUGCUGACUGCUUGCUCAGCUCGCUCCCCCAGACUCCUUGCCAAGCCUGCAGCCCUGCCCACGAAUUCUCCAAAGCAGGCUAUUUGUUCACUUUCUCUUUCAAAAGGAGAAAUGAAAACCCAAAUCUGCCCCAAGGACACUUGAUUUCUAACUCCCUGGCACCCAAGGGAACCAACUAAGGAGUCUCCAACCAUUUCUGCUGAGGGUCCUUUGCUCAACCUCUCCCUUCCCUGGGUCAAAGCCACUAGAAUCUGAUGUGUUGGGGACAGUUUUGAUUGGCAGAAAUGAAUCGUCUCCCGGUGGGAGCCCAGGGGACUAAGCAGGGUACCAGGGGAGCCAAAAACAAAAACAAAACAAAAAAACUGUUUCACAGAGCUGAGCUUCUGCCAAAUUUCAUUCCUGAAGCCUUCAGGGAGGAGUGGUUGGCAUUUCUGAAAUGUUUACGGGAUCUGAGUUGCAGGUGUUCGCUUAAGAGACUAGCUUUGAUAAACAAUGUCAGAUUUUAACUAAGAAAACUGCGGUGCCUUGUGCAUUUUUAGUACUCCGAUUCUGAAUUGUUUUUUUAAGAUUAAGGUUUAAAUGUUUUCCACUAGUCAUUUCAUUUCUAACUUGGUAUAGGAAGCUUAGUUCUCCACAUAUUUAUCAUGUGCCCUGUGUCACAGAAGAUUCGGGGAAAAAAUGCACUGGGGAAUCAAAUAAAAUGGGACUUCUUUUUGAAAAGAGAAACCGUACUGACUGUAUUGACACAACCUCAAUAAAACCUGUAGUACAGAACAG